AUGGUGUCGCUCGACCCGGAGUUGAGCACGCGCGUGCUGCAGGAAGAGGAGCGCGCCUUCCAGAUAUGGUACCCGCCGUCCUUCAUGUGGGUCUUAGGCGCCGACAGCAUCAUCACCGCGCUGGGACCUCUCCACCGCCACAUCAGGGCGCUCGUGCUCCGCCUCUUCGGCCCCGAGAGCCUCCGUCUGGUCCUGCUACGUGACGUGCAGCGGAGCGCGCGCUCCGAGCUGCGGUCCUGGCUCCGGCUGCCUGACGUCGAGGUCAGGGCGGCCACCUCCAGGAUGAUAUUUGGCGUGACGGCGAAGAAGCUGAUCAGCCACGACGACGCGGCCUCGGAAGGGAGCCUGUGGAAGUGCUUCGACGCGUGCACCAGGGGGCUGCUGGCGUUCCCGCUCUGCGUUCCUAGCACAGCCUUCUACAGAUGCAUGCAGGGACGCAAGAGGGUGAUGAAGAUGCUGAAGGCGCAGCUCGGUGCACGCAGGAACGAGCCAGAGCACGAGGCGGUGGAUUUCUUCGAUCUUGUGAUCCACGAGCUGGACAAGCCAGACUCUGAACUGAACGAGAACAUCGCGCUGGACUUGCUGUUUCUGAUGCUCUUCGCUAGCCAUGAGACCACGUCGAUUGGACUGACCGCGAUUCUCAAGUUUCGGACAGACAACCCCAAAGCAUUGCAGGAACUAACGGAAGAGCAUGAAAAUGUCCAGAAAAGAAGGGCAGAUCCAGACUCUGAUGAAAUCACCUGGGAGGAGUACAAGUCUAUGAAAUUCACAUCUCAUGUUAUACACGAAGCCCUUAGGCUGGCAAAUGUUGCUCCUGUAGUGUUCAGAAAAAAAAACAAUACAGGAUGUACAGAUAAACGUGCUUACUUUGAAAUUCUACGUCCAGAUUACACUAUACCACAAGGAUCAAAGGUUAUGAUCUGUUCAUCUGCAGAUCACCUGAACCCGAAGGUUUACGAGAACCCUUCAGUGUUCAACCCAUGCAGAUGGAAGGAUAUUCUCGAACCAGUUGGCGGCUCCAAGAAUUUCAUGGCCUUUGGAGGUGGUCUGCGGCUAUGCGUUGGUGCUGACUUUGCCAAGCUGCAAAUAGCUAUCUUCCUUCACUGUUUAGUCAUCAAGUACAGGUUGGGGCCCAUCUUCCGGACGAACAUAGUCGGCGAGGACCUGAUCGUGUCACUGGACCCGGAGCUGAACGCGCGCGUGCUGCAGGAGGAGGAGCGUGGCUUCCAGAUCUGGUACCCCUCCUCUUUCGUGCGUGUCUUGGGCGCUAACAACAUCGUCUCCAUGCUCGGCCCGCUCCACCGCCACAUUAGGAACCUCGUGCUCCGCCUCUUUGGGCCCGAGGCCCUCCGCCUGGUGCUGCUCCAUGACGAGCAGCGGAGCGCGCGCGACGAGCUCAGCUCACGGCUCGACCGCCCGGACGUCGAGGUCAGGACGGCCACCUCCAGGCUCGAUGAGCGCAGGAACGCAGCCGAGCGCAAGACCGUGGAUUUCUUCGAUCUUGUGAUCGAUGAGAUGAAGAAGCCAAACCCUAUAAUGAACGAGAACAUCGCGUUGGACUUAUUGUUCUUGCUCCUGUUUGCAAGCCACGAGACGACGUCGAUGGGACUGACCGCGAUACUCAAGUUUCUAACGGACAAUCCAAAAGCCUUGCAAGAAUUGACCGAGGAGCAUGAAAAAAUCAUGGAAAGAAGGGUGGAGUCAGACUCGGAUAUCACCUGGGAGGAGUACAAGUCUAUGAAAUUCACAUCUCAUGUUAUAGCAAACAUCGCUCCGGUGGUGUUCAGACAAUCAAACCAGGACGUACACAUAAAGGGGUACACUAUCCCAGAAGGAUCAAAUAUCAUGAUCAGUCCAUCUGCUGCGCACCUGAAUUCAAAGGUUUACGAUGACCCCUUGGCAUUCAAUCCAUGGAGAUGGAAGGAUACUCCUGAGCCAGUUGGUGGCUCUAAGGAUUUUUUGGCCUUUGGGGGUGGUUUGCGGUUAUGUGUUGGUGCUGAGUUUGCCAAGUUGCAAAUGGCUAUGUUCCUCCACUGCUUGGUCACCAAUUACAGAUGGAAAGCCCUCAGCAAAGGGACGAUGAUGCUUUAUCCCAGGCUACGAUUUCCGGACGGCUUUCACAUCCAGCUUCAUAAGAAAACAUGA